AUGUCUUCCCAAUCUUGGACGGAGACUGAGCGCGCCAACCUGUGCAUGCAGGUUCUCGACCAGUGGCGUCCCACGAAGGGCCACGUCGACUGGGAUAAAGUCGAAAUCAAGGGCCGCACCAAGAAGGCCUGCCAACAAGCUUGGCACAAAUUCUGGUCUGACAUGAGGGCCAAGCAAGGAGAGGACGAUGGUGGCAGUCCUACUCCUAAGGUUUCGCCCCGCAAGCGAGCUGCUCGCAAGCUGAAGGUCAAGGACGAGGAGCAGGGCAGCUCCAGUGAGGACAACAGUCCUUCCAAGAAGCGUGUUCGUAUCAAGGUCGAGAAGAUCGAGGAUACCGACGAUGAGGUCCCCAAGACUCCGGUCAAGAAGCGCCGUGGCCGUCCCAAGGGCUCUGCCAACAAGAAGCGCGUCAAGACGGAGAUCGUUGAUGAUGAGAUCGAUGUCCCCGGCUCGAUCGAGGAGGUCAACGCGGCCGCUGCCUCCUCUAUUGGCGACAACGCCUAA